AUGAUUCCAAUUCAUCACGUCAACAACCCGUCCCAAAGUCGCCAAAAGUACACGUCACAGAGAGUGAAAUCAAGAAGAACUGAUAACACAGGAGUUCAGCCGCUGAAAGCUAACAACAAGCUGUUCACGAAUGACAAGGAUAAAGCCGAAGCCCUUGCAAGCCAAUUCCAGGGUGUCUUCACACGUGAGGAUGUAUCUCCAUCGUCGUUCCCAGAUCUUCCUCCAAGUACAUUCCCUGACAUGCCGCCCAUCACAGUUGACGUUGAAGGUGUCAACAAACUUCUUCUCAAUAUAAACACAGCCAAAGCAAUUGGACCAGACCAAAUCCAGAAUCAAGCUUUAAAGAUCGCAGCAGAGGAGAUUGCUCCCAUACUACAGUUUAUAUUUCAGCAGUCAUUGGACACCGGAGAUCUCCCCCUAGAUUGGAGAAAGGCGAAUAUCACCCCGCUGUUUAAGAAGGGUGCUACUACUGACCCUGCAAACUACCGCCCCAUUUCCUUGACGUGCACAUGCUGUAAGUUAUUAGAGCACAUCAUAGACAGUAACCUGAUGCGACACUUGGCCAAGCAUAACAUCCUGGCUGGAAAUCAACAUCCUUCAGGAAUUUCUUACAACAAAUGA